CCUCAUGGAUUUCCAUGUCGCAACACUGUGAUCACUCCUCGGUUCUGUCUUGGCUGGAAAAGCUUCCAUCUCCGCCUAAGUCCACCUCAGCCGACUGUCCCAGUAACGGGCCGCGGCGGAGCAAGCGCGGCCGCCAUGACUCUUUCGAAAUGGACGCUCCUGCCACACGCACGCCAUCACCUUCCAAGAGACGACGCAUCGAUGGCAGCGUUGAGGAUACGCCGCGAGCUAUGUCCAUACGGCCUGCCCCGUCGCUCGCCAGCUCGGAGCAAAGCUUCAUUUCCCGACGGUCGCAGAGUCCGGAGAAGAAAAUCAAGGCCAUGAGAUCUGCGCCGCAGCCCGUCGAACUGCAACAAUUCCACGAACGGAGGGAAGAGAUCCCAGACGAGCUCAAGACUAUGCUUAGGAUCAUCGACGGUCGUCUUUCGCGCGGCAUCCGCGUCAUAUCCAACGAAUACGAGAAUGAGAUUGCUGGCAUCAAAACAGGCGCCCUCGGAGCCAUCAACGCCUACGAUUUCGUCUACGCCGAUUUGGACGACCUUCCUGGCCCAUCUCCGACUCCUCGACAAUGCGCAAAGGCUGUGUGGCUAGCCGCCCGGUGCGAAACAAAGGGUUGUAGCGAAGCCGCUUGGAACAGCAGCGUGCACAAUUACAUACUUGACCUGGCGCUAUACACUAAGCCUUUCAUGGAUCAAGUAUACUUUGUUAACUGUACAUCUGCGCAAAUCGCCCCCUCCUCCCUAAUCCCACCCAGCGACCCCGCAACAGCCUCGCAAGGAAAAAUGACCGAUUUCGCAAUUACAGUUGAACCUUCCGACCGCUUCAAGGAAGCAUUUAACACACGAUUCCGCGGCAAGACGGCCAAGUCUGUCAAUCACACCCUCCACGAACCACUGACACAUUGCCCGAUCGGAGUCAGCAUUGAGACGAAGCGCACAGGAGAGAAGUGGAAGGAGGCGGUGUAUCAGCUGGAGAUCUGGACCGCUGCGCAGUUCAACAAGCUUGAGGAGCUGAUGGAGGAGGUGAGGGAGAUGAGAGGCGAACAAGAGACGGGCGGCACAGACGCGAGUGGUUUGCCAUUCUUGCCUGUGAUAAUCGUGCAAGGGCAUCAGUGGAAAUUUCUGGCAGCUGUACGGUAUCCAGGUAAACGAACGUGUCUGUACGAAGAAGUUACUUUCGGCAGUACCAACUCCGCUCUCGGAGUCUACCAGAUCGUCGCGACUAUCCAGCUUCUCGCUCGCUGGACUCGCGAUGUCUUCGCGUCAUGGUUUGAGAGGGAAUGUAUGAAUAUGACGCCAGAGCCACUGAGCACUUCAAUUAUAGGAAUUCAAUAUUGACGUUAUAGCGUGAAGUAUCGGCAUCGGUAGGUGCAAGUGAUGAAUACCAGCGCAAUAUUGUUAGGGCAGGAGCAUCCAUGCAUGUUGAACAGCAUGAACGAUGUUGCAUUAACCUAGAAGCGCCAAGCGACGUCACUAGAAUGGAGAUCACGCUUUGGUCUUAGCUUUGAGGACUUUUGAAGGACUAGCCACAGGUAGCGGAUGUAGUUUAGUUUCCUAGCAGAAGAUAUAACUACAAAAGUAAAAGUAUAGUAAUCAGGUGUUGGUGAAUUCGCCAUCUCACAAGGUCAUGACUAGAGCGGGCCAGCCGUCCUCCCUGCUUUGUGGUGGCAACGUUAAU